UUCAAGUUGGUCAUGACCCCAAUUGCUUGACCUACACACCAACCUCUCCUUCCAACAAAUGCACCCUCAGGGCCCCCGUGCUUCGAACAGUGCGACACCUCCGAGAGCCCCGCAACCCAGCGGCGCUCACUUGGCACACAGCCUCAGCAGGCAGGCAAAAGGGGCUCUGCAAAGGUCGCCCCUGCACUGCGCGAAGCCACCACGUGCACCCCACACCCUCGCCACCAAGAGUAGCCUGCAAAAGCAGAGUGGCCAAUACGUGCGGCUGCUUGCCUGCUCGGAAGCAAAGAAGACCGCUCAGCACAAGCAGUGCAAACGUCAGCUGGAGACGGAUGGAUGCGGCAUCAGCGAAGGGGUGGAGCGGCCAUCGAGCCCGUCUUUCUUUCGCCCGGUGGCUGAUGUGGAGCGGCCGUCAAUCACAAUCCCGUCUUGCUCUCAGUCGGUGGGAACACAGGCUGAAUGCCGAGAGGCAGAAGCCGCCACGCGAGCCGCCCCAGCCGAUGCGGUACCCUCAGUGAAGCAGGUGAUAGAUCCGUAGCUGGUGCUCAAGGACAAUCUCAGACUCAUCGAGCAGGUACUGUGCUUACUGACAUAGGUGAGACAGGGCCGAGAAACAUGUACGUACAACGGUGUUCGAUCAUGAUUGUUUCGUGCGAUCGAUGCAGUGUCGGAGCACGAGCUUUCACAUGAAGCACAUGACGCUUGUCAGACACCUCGUGAGACGGGAUAAAGACACGCAUCGGGAAUUUGCCUUGAAUGGUCAAUCUAUGUCGUUUCAGGAGGGAACUGUGGAGGCACUGAAGCUCAUGAUUGCCAGCAGGAACAGCCUCAAGGAAGAGAAAGACAGCCUCCUCAUGCAGCUCAGGGUGGGUGCAUCGCAUCCCUUGUGCCCCUGACGUCCCCACUUUGUCUCGCUGUUACUUGCAGGAGACCUCUCGCACCCUCCUUCAGUCGACAAGCCAUGUGGAGGAGCUGCAGGGCGAAAUCGACAGACUUGCGAUGCAACUUCAAACUGCUGAGGUGAGAAGGAUGGAGGGAAGGACGGUGUGUCUCCUGGAAUACGUGAUGUCUCUCCGCCAGACGCGUGUGAUUGCCUUGAGAGAGCAGUGCGCCCUGCAUCAUCAGUGUCAUGUGCGCCCGCCCCCACUCAUGGUGUGGGCGCAUGUUCUGGGUUCACUACAUCAGAGUAUGUGUCGCGGUUGUAUGCGUCUCUCCUGUUGCAUCCCCGCCAGCGCAUGGGUGCCUUCGAGCAGCUGUACAGGCAUCAUCCACCCAUGACGGACCGCUCCCCAAGCAGGUAUAUGCACAAGCCAUCGAGUCAACAGAUCUCACGCCAUCAUGACAUGUACUGUCUCUCGCACAGGCAGACCAGCCCAAGGAUGCUUGCUGCAGAGGGACCCUCGUCUGCUGUGCCCGGACGUGAGCCGGAUGAAUGCCCACCCGGUGGCGAGGCACAAAUGGCGACCUCAGAGGAAAGCCGAUACCCACAGGUCAUGCAACGACUCGCUGUGUCCAUCUUGUCUCAUCAGGUGGAUGAGCCGCGCCGCACAGAAGAAACCAUCAGACCGAUGGAUGGGCCUCUCGACUCACCGAGGAUCGGCAGAGAUCGCCCGCCACCACCUCCAACAGCAGCAUCACUGACGCUGCCACUGACAGAGAGGACAGCCUCACAUGUGAAGGAGGAGAAAACGAGGCCAUGUCUCCCCUACACGGUAUUCACACAUUGCGCCAUUCGGUGUCAUUGCCCUUAAUUUGCCAUUUGCUGCUCCCGUUUCCAGCUACUGACCCCUCGUGGUGCCCAGCGCACCUGUCGUCUCGGCUUUGUUGGGGAUCUGCUGAAAUCGAAACCACUGCAGCAGCACCCACAGCAGCGCCAAAAGGCUGCCACCGCGCCUCCCACACCGGCAGGCGAGACACGCGCGCUUCCCUUCUACCCCUUUGAUUUCGUCAGGAGCUUCGGGACGAAUCAGAAGACUACAACGCACGAGACACGAUCGGCCCAGCGGCAGAUCGAUGGUGACGGACAGGAGAAACAGACGGUCCUGCGGCCUCAGGCGGAGAGAGAAGCUCUUAGUGGGUGCCCUCGCCCGUCUGCAAGUUCUGCCCGUUCUGUGCCGCUACCCAUAUGUGCCCAGCCGCCGCCUAGACGUGGCAAUGGAGGUGGGAAGAGUAGCAGACGGCCCGGCUGAUUCGACUCG